AUGACCAUGAAACGACUAGGUUUUACUAUGGAAGAAUUAUCACACAGUCGUUUGGUCAUCCAAGGUUUUAAUCAAGGAGGACAACGUGCAAUCGGCCUGAUCCACCUAGAAUUAUCCAUUGGAGAAUUGAAAAGCAACGUCUUGUUCCACGUCAUUGACGCUAAGACGACCUACAACAUGUUGUUAGGACGUCCUUGGAUCCAUGAAAAUGGAAUAGUGCCAUCAACCUUGCAUCAAUGCUUCAAGUUCUUUCAAAAUGGAAUAAAAAAGGUCGAUGCCGAUUUAAAGCCUUUUGCAGAAACCGAAGCUCAUUUUGCUGAUGCAAAAUUUUAUGCAAAAAAAGACAUUUCUAGCGAGGUUCUUCCAGUUGAGAUCCCGUCUAUGAAAAGUAAACAGGAUGAAAAUGAGCAUGUUAAAUUCAUCGCCAAAAAGGACAUUUCUUCCCCAAAGAAAGGCCCAGAACCCUUCCUCCGGUAUAUACCAUUAUCACAUCGCAAGAAUGGACAAUCACCAUUCGCGGAAUGCCUUCAACCUACAAAAGACAUGGGGAGACCUGCAAAGCUCACGAUGGAGGAUGUAGCCAUAUUGAAAGAAAAUCAUGUCAUGCCUUUAACUUCAUCCACAAACCCUUUGCCCUUGAAGCCGUUAAAUGGAUUCGUGAGGUCUUCGCAAAGUCCGAUAGAGCAUGGUAUUCUACCAAGUGAGUGGACGAAAGAAUGGUUCGACCCAAAGGCAUAUAGGCUGUUAGCCAAAGCAGGCUAUGAUUUCUCAAAACAAGAAGACUUAGGGAAGCUAAUUCCAGAAGCCACCGGAGAAAAGAUGCAUAGCCUUAGCAAAACACAAAGGAAAAUGUGGCUUGAAGGGCAUGAAAUUCCUAUCCCAAAGACCGGAUUAGGUUAUACUCCCGAACAACCAGCUCAGAUAUGGAUCAAGAAAAGAAGCGAUCCUUCAAGUUCCCAAUACAUAACGGUGGAGGUUGGCGAAAGUUCAAAUCAAAGAAAAGAUCAUUCUUCACCCCAUGUCUCAGUGUUUGAUCGCAUCGAGGCCUCGUCAUCACGAAUCACAGUGUUUGACAGGUUAAAUACAACUUGUUUAACACCAAAUCGGGACACUCUUGCUUGUAAAUCAGUUUUUGAUCGACUGGGGGCGACGAAAAGGCCUAUUGAUAGUCAGUCUCAAAGUUCAAUAAACUUUGACUUUCAAGGGAAGCAGAAAGCUAAUGAUGAGAUCCGCAGUAGCAUUCCUUCACGCAUGAAACGUAACUUUACCUUGGAGAUUAACACUGAAGGAUCGCUCAAAGUCAAAAGACGAACGAUUGUACAUACAAGUCAGUCACCCGUCCAUGAUGAGGAAAUUGAAGAGGUAUCAUCCUCGUUUCAUAUUACAAUAGAAGAGGGUACACUGUCAGAUGCUGAAGCAACCAAUGAAGAGGUCGAUGAAGCUCCUCCAGCCUUGGAAGAUGGAGGACAAGCUACAGUUGAUGAACUUAAAGAGAUCAAUUUAGGAACUGCUGAAGAACCCCGGCCAACUUUCAUCAGUGCACUUCUCACCCCUAAAGAAGAAGAAGGAUACCUCAAGCUCCUAGUAGAGUAUAAAGAUGUGUUCGCUUGGACCUACAAGGAAAUGCCUGGGCUCAAUCCGAGUAUUGCUCUACACCAUUUGGCCGUAAAGAAGGGCGUGCGCCCAGUCAAACAAGCUCAAAGACGCUUUCGGCCAGAGCUUAUCCCUCAAAUAGAAACCGAGGUCAAUAAGCUCAUUGAAGCAGGCUUCAUUCGUGAAGUGCAGUACCCGGAAUGGAUUGCUAACAUCGUCCCUGUCAAGAAGAAGAAUGGACAAAUUCGAGUGUGCGUUGACUUCCGUGAUUUGAACAAUGCAUGUCCCAAGGAUGAUUUUCCAUUACCCAUCACUGAGGUCAUGGUUGAUGCCACUACCGGUCAUGAAGCUUUAUCUUUCAUGGAUGGAUCUUCGGGUUACAACCAAAUUCGAAUGGAUCCUAAGGAUGAGCAGCUUACAGCUUUCCGUACCCCUAAGGGAAUUUACUGUUACAAAGUGAUGCCUUUUGGACUAAAGAAUACUGGUGCUACUUAUCAACGUGCCAUGCAGAAGAUCUUUGAUAAUGUACUUCAUAAAUAUGUGGAGUGUUAUGUCGAUGAUUUGGUGGUUAAAACAAAAAAGAGGGAAGACCAUCUGGCAGAUCUACGAUCCGUGUUCAUCCGCUUGAGAAAGUAUCAGCUUAAAAUGAACCCCCGCAAAUGCGCUUUUGGUGUAACAUCUGGAAAAUUUCUUGGUUUCAUUGUAAGGCACCGCGGUAUUGAAAUUGACCAGUCUAAAAUUGAAGCUAUCCAGAAAAUGCCAGAGCCCAAGAAUCUGCGAGAACUUAGAGGCUUGCAAGGAAAACUGGCCUACAUACGCCGAUUUAUCUCGAAUUUGGCCGGUCGAUGUCAACCUUUCAAUAGAUUGAUGAAAAAGGAUGUGCACUUUGAAUGGGAUGAGGCUUGUAGCAAUGCUUUUGCGCUCAUCAAAAGGUACUUGCUUAAUCCUCCAGUUUUAGGUGCUCCUAUCCCAGGAAAGCCUUUGGUGUUGUAUAUUGCGGCCCAAGAAAAGUCUCUAGGUGCUCUUAUGGCGCAGGAAAAUAAAGAGGGGAAAGAAAGAGCCCUUUAUUAUCUAAGUCGAACUCUCAAUGGGGCUGAAUUAAAUUAUUCUCCUAUCGAAAAGAUGUGCCUCGCUCUUUUCUUUGCCAUAGACAAACUGGAGCACUACAUGCAAGCAUAUACAGUCCGUUUGAUAGCAAAGGCGGAUCCGAUCAAAUAUGUCCUCUCCAGGCCAGUGAUUUCGGGUCGUAUAGCUCGAUGGGCAGUCUUGCUACAACAAUAUGACCUUGCAUACAUUCCACAAAAAGCUGUCAAGGGACAAGCAUUGGCAGAUUUCUUAGCUGAUCACCCAGUUCCAUCUGAUUGGGAGUUCUCCGAUGAUUUCCCGGAUGAAAAUGUGUUUUACAUUGAAGAAAUGCCACCAUGGAUUAUGUUUUUCGAUGGGGCUGCACGUCGAGAAGGAGCGGGGGCAGGUGUAGUGUUUGUUUCUCCACAAAGGCAAAUACUUUUGUACUCGUUCUCAUUAAGCGAACUUUGCUCUAACAAUGUAGCUGAAUAUUAA